AUGGCUUCGUCGCAAGGCAAGACUGAGUUGAAAUUCGCCGACUGGAUGGCAAGUUUGCCCCAAAGCAUCCAAAACGUGCCGCUGGCAAAUCUGGCCAUCCCAGGGUCUCAUGAUUCAUUUAGCUUCUAUAUUGAUGAGGCCUCUCCAGUGGGACCUGAGCAGCCAGAAACUGUCCAGAAUUUUGUCUCUGUGUUUGGAACUGUGGCUAAAAAGCUGAUGAGGAAAUGGCUUGCAACACAGACAAUGAAUUUUACAAGCCAGCUUGGAGCAGGGAUACGGUAUUUUGACCUUCGGAUUUCCACAAAGCCUAGAGACCCUGAUAAUGAACUCUACUUUGCUCAUGGUUUAUUCAGUGCCAAAGUCAAUGAGGGCCUGGUGGAGAUCAGUGCCUUUCUCACUGACCAUCUUAAAGAAGUGGUCUUGUUGGACUUCAACCAUUUCUACGGGAUGCAGAAAUGCCACCAUGAAAAACUGGUUCAAAUGCUCAGAGACACUUUUGGGAGUAAAAUGUGCCCGCCCAUCUUUGCCCAUGAAGUCUGUCUCCAGUACCUGUGGGAGAAGGAUUAUCAAGUUUUGGUGUUUUAUCACAGUCCAGUGGCUUUAGAGGUCCCAUUUCUAUGGCCAGGACAAAUGAUGCCAGCUCCUUGGGCAAACACCACAGAUCCAGAAAAAUUGAUCCAGUUUCUCCAGGCAUCGAUCAUUGACCGAAGGAAGAAGGGGUCUUUUUUUAUAUCUCAGGUGGUAUUGACUCCAAAGGCUAGCACUGUGGUCAAGGGGGUCACUAGUGGUCUUAGAGAAACAAUCACAGAAAGAGCUCUCCCCGCCAUGAUGCACUGGGUCCAGGCUCAGACACCAGGGGAAAGUGGUAUCAACAUUGUCACCGCAGACUUUGUAGAACUUGGAGACUUUGUCAGCACAGUCAUAAAACUCAACUACAGCUUGGAUGAAGGUGAAGCUGAUACAACCUGA